ACUGUUUAUGUAGAUUAUGAAUUUAUUCAGCAUUAAUAAAAUAAACACUGUGUGGGUAAGGCCGAAAGAUUGUUGGCAGUAAAAGUCCAGUUUCGAUGACACCACUUUGCAACUAAGAAAACCAUGUUGUCAGAAGUGAAGUUUACCACGGCGGACUAUGUCGUAUGCGCGCUGGCGUUAUGCGUCUCGCUUGUCAUUGGUAUAUACUAUGCCAUUUCUGGAGGUCGACAGGUCACCACCGCAGAAUAUCACCUAGGAAACCGAAAUCUCAACUUCCUGCCAGUAAUGUUGUCUUUGAUGGUGACGUCACAAUCAUCCAUUUUGAUGUUGGGUGUUCCAGCAGAGACCUAUCUCUUUGGUUUCCUGGCAACGUUUGCAGCUAGUUUUGGGUUCUUGGGCGCCUAUUGGAUUUCAGCACGAAUAAUUAUUCCCGUAGUUUAUCCACUCCGGAUCACCAGUGUAAACGAAUAUUUUGAACUACGUUACAAAAGCAAUCGAGUUCGGAUCCUGACGACUUUCCUCUCUUUUUUAUUUUGGUUCAUAUACAUAGGAAUUGUUACCUACGGGGUGUCCACAGCGAUAGAAACAGUUUUAGGAGCACCAGUAUGGCUGUCUAUAAUAAUCGUGUCCACGGGAAGUAUGAUCUAUACAGCUAUCGGAGGCAUCAAAGCUGUUAUAUGGACAGAUGUAAUUCAGUAUACGAUAAUGCUGAUCUCCCUUCUAGCUAUACUUAUUAAGGGUUCAACGAAGGUUGGAGGCGGCUCUGAAGUCCUUCGAGUAAAUUUGGAAGGAGACAGGCUCAAUAUAUGGAAUUUCAGUCCUGACCUUACCCUCCGCUACACCUUGUGGAAUGUUGUCAUUGGAAACACUGCCAAGCUCUUCGCAUUUCCAUUGUCUCAGUCCUCAGUACAAAGGAUCGGGUGCAUGCCGUCAAUAAAGGAAGCCUACAAGAUGUAUUUUAUCGUUGCUCCACUGACGGCUUUAACUUUCUUUUUUGGGGGAAGUAUGGGAUUAGUUGCUUAUGCCUAUUUUGUUAAAGUAAGAUGUGAUCCAUUAAAAUCCAAAUUCAUUGGAAAUCCCAAUCAGAUUUUGCCUACACUUGUUUCGGAGAUAUUUCUGGAAAAUCCGGGAAUGACUGGGCUUUUUAUUGCCGGUCUUUUCUGUGCGACUCUAAGCACUGUGUCUAGUGGUUAUGCAGCAUUAUCUUCUAUGACACUUCAAGACAUUAUAAAAAAGAGGUGGAGAAAAUUAUCAGAGAGAAAGUCGACCAUCACCUCCAAACUUACAGUGGUGGUUAUUUCGUUUCUGACGACCGGUAUGGCUUUAUUGCUUGCCAAUGUUAAAGGAACUCUUUUAAAGCUAGCUCAAAUGGUGUUGACUAUUCCCACAGCACCAUUUACUGGAAUAAUAUUAUACAGUAUUUUUUGCACAUCUGCAACGACAGCGGGAGCUGUUGUAGGUGGUCUGACGUCGCUGUCGUUUUACUUAUGGAUGGCCAUUGGAAACAUCAUGGUCAGCCCCCCGUCUGUUGAGAAAAAGCUUUCCCCGGCUCCUGUAGACCAGUGUAUAAGCAAUACCUCUAUGUUAAGUAGCCUAGCAGUUUCUAACAUGAGUAGCCUGAACGCCAAUCUUACAGGCAACACAGUACCUUAUACUUUAGAAGGUUUCAAUAAAAUCUACACUUUAUCGUUUCAAUGGUUUGACGUCAUCGCCAUUUUCCUUGUGAUUGUAAUUGGCCUGAUUGUCAGCAGAAUCAUAGGAGCUCCAAAAGAAGAAGAAGUAGACGCACGAUAUGUUUUGAGUUUUAUUGAACAAUUUUUUCCAUAUUUACCAGAAAACGUGAAACAUUUUCUAUCCUGUGGAACAAGAAUACCAAAGAGGCGAAAACAAAUUCAAGCCGAAGAACGCCAAGAUAAUCGGCAAAUUUUAAUAGACGAAAAAAAUCCAGAGUAAAGGAGCCUAGCGACAGUUGACAGCGCCAUAAGAAAGUUGAUAAGACCACGGCAAUGAAGCAU